CAAUUGAGCCACAACCACAUUUCACGAUGCCUCCUCGGAUACGCAUACGGCCACGCGCCCUUCGCGCCUGCACCUCGUGCCAAAGCCAAACCCUCUCAUUACCCGCAAUCGCAACCUACGCAUCUGUUGCAACAGCUUCAGCAACGACGCCGGCACCUCCAAUUCACCAGAAAUUUCGCUCAACACCCCCAGUGCUACGCUACCCACCAACACAACCACCCUCUCACAAGCCACCGGAGGUCCGCAAAACCCAAUUGCAUCGUCAAUACCAGUCGCUCCUCAAGUCCUCUCCCUUGAUCCUGAUCUUCCAGCACAACAAUGUCAAAGCAGUAGAAUGGAUGAGCAUAAGAAGGGAACUAGCCAUUGCGUUACGGAAGUUAGACACUGAGCGGCUGAAGAACGGGCAAGAAACGCUAGCAGAGGAGGUCAAGAUGCAGGUGAUCCAAACAAACAUCUUCGCCAGCGCCCUCCGUGUUGUCGAAUUCUUCAAUCCCGAAGCAGACACCCUCUCUCAUGCACAACAUCCCUCGGAUCCCCGCACGCCUACGAGCGCAACCAUCCCACAGACGAGCAACAGCCCCGACGACGAGCGCUUCACACACGGCCUCUCACGCCGCGCCCAUGAAGUCGCAAAUAACAGGAAACUGAAACUCGAGUUGGAGCCCUUACUUUCGGGUCCCCUCGCCGUCGUAGCUUUCCCCUCCGUCUCGCCCCAAUACCUCAAAACUGUCCUCUCCAUCGUCUCCCCCUCGAAGCCCAACUUCCCCGCACCGACUCGAAGGGUGAACCCAGACUACUACGAGCCGUCAGUGCAAACCGGUCUGCAGAAGCUGAUGCUGCUAGGCGCGAGAGUAGAGGGCAAGGUGUUCGAUGUAGAUGGAACCAAGUGGGUUGGUGGGAUCGAUGGAGGCCUUGACGGCCUUAGGUCGCAGCUGGUGCAUAUGCUACAAGGCGUUGGUGGCAGCCUUACGAAUGCACUAGAGGGUGCCAGUAGGAGCUUGUAUUUCACUGUUGAAGGACGGAGAAUGGAUAUGGAGGAGCAAGAGAAGGGGGUGGAAGAGAAGAAGGAAUAGACAUGUUGCGGUGGUGCGGUGCCAUCGUGUCUUUGUAUUAGAAUCCGUACUAGUGGACGCAUUAUGUAUAGAUAUUGUACAUGUAUCAGCGUUUACAGGCCGCAAGCGCUUCUGUACAUCCAUCGCUUUACCGGGUUUUCCAUUUUUGAAACCAUAUUGUGAAAGCGAAACUCCUGCUAAAAAAGCACUCCAAACAAUAACCGAC